CCUUCCAUGGCCAGCACUGGAAUUAGAAACUGCCCGCAAAGCGCAAAACAUGAGGUAGGCACGGUCUAGGUCAACACCAUCAGCCUCAUCUCGACUAGGCCAAUUCCUCACCGUACACAAACUCAGCCUUGCAUUUAAUCGUCGCCGCCACUGUAAAUCGCUUCGCUCAUUUCAAUUCUCUCCAACUCAACUGUAACAAAUACCAAAAUGCUCACUUCCGUGGGCCGGGCCGCCGUCCGUCGCGUUCAGACAACCCGCCUUUCUGCUUCCGCCCCCUCUGCCGCCCAAUUGCUCUGCCGCCAGUCGACCAUAAAGACUGCGCUCCCCAUUCGAAGCUUCACCGUCUCAGCAUGGUCCCCCUCUCCUGCCUCCGGCGAUAAGAAGGCCGCCAAGAAGACGACGACCACCACCACUAAGAAGGCUACUCUCACCACCAAAUCCAAGUCUAAGGCGACUGAUAGCAAGUCCAAGUCCCAGACCAAGGCGAAGCCAAAACCCAAGGCUGCUGCGCCAAAGCCUAAGAAGGCCAAGAAGGAGGUUGAUCCGGAGAAGGCGAAGAAGCUCGAAAUCCGGGAGCUUAAGAAAUGGGCGCUCAGAGACAAGCUGGCUAUGCUUCCAGCCACCACUUGGGUGCUUUUUACGUCCGAGAAUAAAGGAAGCCUCACAGGAACUGGUGGAAUCACCCAACAAAUGACUGAGCUAUCCGAGAAGUUCCGUCAACUGACCGAAUCCGAGCUUCAAGACCUCUCUCGCAGAGCCGUUGCCAACCGCCAGAAGAACCUCGCGACUUAUAAAGCUUGGGUUGAGACUCACGAGCCUGCGCGCAUUCACUUGGCUAACAAAACCCGCCGCCGCCUCGCUUUCCUGACUGGCAAGCCUGUCAAGCAAAUCUCAGAUGAGCGUCUGCCUCAGCGCCCUACAGGCUCUUAUUCCCUUUACCUUGUUGACAACUGGGACAAAAGCCAUGCUGAGACUAACCAGGCCAAGUUCAAAGAAAUUGGCGAGUCCUGGAAGGACGUGAACCCUACUGAGAAGGCACUAUAUGAGCAGCGCUCCGCUGACCAAUCUGUUAAGUACAAAGCCGAGAUGGAGAAGCUUGAUGCGCGCGCAAAAGUCAUCCAGGAAACUGGACUUGCCUAAGGAAUUGAAUAUGAGGGGCUGCCACUUAGAUUAGAGAGAAAUUCUAUGUACAAAUGACUGUUUCGUGAGUGAUCGCUGUGGUGCAGGUAUAGGAACUCAUGGUGUUUAUGAUCUAUUUAUGGUAUGGUACUGAUUAUGAAGGGCUAGGGGUCAAGGGAAUGGUAACGGGGACUUUGUCUGGUCUGGUUUGGUCUAUUUUUGUUCUUGUUUGUGUUUGUACUGGAUCGUGUAUGGUACGAUGGCCCUGGUUAAGACAUGACAUAACCCAGACUCAGCUGAGCUGGCAGUCACUUGGGAAUAGUUGAUAAUCAAAGGCUCGUGCAACGUGCGU